AUGGCUGGCGACGGUAGAGAGGCCAAACGGCGUCGCAUCGACGACGACAGUGCCUACCACCACCACCACCACCACCACCACCAUCACCACCACCGUUCCCACGACGACAACCACGAGCAUUUCGCCGCACCACCGCCAUCACUCACUUCCGGUCGCCGAAUACCGCACGACAAGGACAAGCACAAGCGGAGAGACCGAGAUCGAACACCGACCACCUCUCAUCCCCACCAGCAAGAGUUUGACGGCCCUGAAGCGGGCGUCAACGACGACGACGCCGCCGCCUUAGACCGCGACUGGUACAACUACGGCGAAGAUGGCGCUGUCCUCGGCGACGAGACUCACAACCCCUUUGGAGGCACCGAAGAUACGACAUGGGCCGACCAGGAGCGCGAGAAGGAACUGCUGGAGAAGAAAAUGGCCGUGAGAGCCAAGGUGAACCCCAAGUUUCUCCAGCGACAGAAGGACAAUGACGCCUGGGAAACGAAUCGCAUGCUCGCGUCGAGCGUGGCGCAGACGAGGGACAACUUCAAUAGCUUGGAUGACGAGAGUGAAGACACAAGAGUGCAUUUGCUGGUGCAUGAUCUGAAACCGCCAUUCUUGGAUGGGAAGACGGUGUUUACGAAACAGCUGGAGCCCGUGAGUGCCGUUAAGGAUCCGCAGAGUGAUAUGGCCGUGUUUGCAAAGAAGGGAAGCAAAGUGGUGCGGGAGAGGAGGCAGCAGAAGGAGAGGCAGAAGCAGGCCCAAGAGGCGACGAGUGCGGCGGGAACUACGCUGGGGAAUCUCACGGGCGUCAAGGAGGAGGAGGAUGCUGACUCUGCCGCUCCUGCUGUUGGGGAAGGCCAAGAGGAGGUCAAGCAUAAGGGGAGCAAGUUUGCUGAACAUAUGAAGAAGCAGGAUGCCGGGCAGUCAGACUUUUCCAGGACGAAGUCUUUGCGAGAGCAGAGAGAGUACCUUCCGGCCUUUGCUGUGCGAGAGGAUCUGUUGCGUGUGAUUCGAGACAACCAGGUGGUGAUUGUGGUCGGACAGACGGGGUCGGGAAAGACGACGCAACUGACUCAGUUCUUGCACGAGGAUGGCUACGCAAAGAGUGGCAUGAUUGGAUGUACGCAGCCGAGACGUGUGGCAGCCAUGUCUGUUGCCAAGCGUGUCAGUGAGGAGAUGGAAGUGCCACUGGGAGGCACUGUAGGAUACGCCAUUCGAUUCGAGGACUGCACGAGUAAAGAAACGACGAUCAAAUACAUGACUGAUGGCGUGUUGCUGCGAGAGUCUUUGACGAACCCCGAUCUGGAUCAGUAUAGCUGCAUUAUCAUGGACGAGGCCCACGAACGUGCAUUGAAUACUGACGUCUUGAUGGGCUUGAUCAAGAAAGUCCUUGCGCGACGGCGAGAUCUGAAGCUCAUCGUCACUUCAGCAACGAUGAACUCUGAGCGCUUUUCACGUUUCUAUGGCGGCGCACCGGAAUUCUUCAUCCCAGGAAGAACAUUUCCCGUCGAUAUACAGUACUCCAGAUCGCCCUGCGAAGACUACGUGGACAGCGCCGUGCGCCAAGUGCUUGCGAUACAUGUCAGUCAAGGGGCGGGAGACAUUCUCGUCUUCAUGACGGGCCAGGAAGAUAUUGAAGUCACAUGCGAACUGGUGGCUGAAAGGCUCGCUCAACUCAACGACCCGCCCAAGCUCAGCAUUCUCCCCAUUUACUCGCAAAUGCCGGCAGACCUGCAAGCCAAGAUCUUCGACAGAGCCGCACCUGGUGUGCGCAAAGUCAUUGUCGCCACGAACAUCGCCGAAACCUCUCUCACCGUCGAUGGUAUUAUGUAUGUUGUCGACUGUGGCUUCAGCAAACUCAAAGUCUACAACCCGCGCAUGGGAAUGGACACUCUCCAGAUCACGCCUGUCAGCCAAGCCAACGCUUCACAGCGAGCAGGCCGUGCGGGACGUACAGGACCGGGGCGAGCGUUUCACCUCUAUACCGAGCGCGCCUUCAAGGAAGAACUCUACAUCGCUACAAUUCCCGAAAUCCAGCGCACCAACCUGGCCAACACAGUCCUCCUCCUCAAAUCCCUCGGAGUGAAAGAUCUCCUUGACUUCGACUUCAUGGACCCUCCUCCUCAGGACACCAUCACAACCUCCCUCUUCGACCUCUGGGCGCUUGGGGCUCUCACCAACCUCGGAGAGCUCACCGACCUUGGCCGCCUCAUGACUUCUUUCCCCAUGGACCCCUCCCUCGCGAAACUCGUCAUUACCUCCUCCUCAAUAUACUCCUGCUCCGAAGAAAUGAUCACCAUUGUCGCCAUGCUCUCUGUUCCUUCUGUCUUCUACCGGCCCAAAGAACGCCUCGAAGAAGCCGACGCCGCGCGCGAAAAAUUCUUUGUGCACGACUCGGACCAUCUCACUCUUCUCACCGUGUACCAACAAUGGCUCUUCAACGGCCGGAGGGAUGGCUGGUGUGUCAAACACUUCCUGCACCCCAAAGCCCUCCGGCGAGCCGAAGAAAUCCGGCAACAAAUUUCAGACAUCAUGACGUCUUCCAAAAUGGCCAUCCAGUCCUGCGGCUACGACCUCGAUAUCGUCAGACAAUGCAUUUGUUCUGGCUACUACGCUCAAGCUGCCAAGCGGAAGGGGUUGGGAGAGUAUAUCAAUCUUCGGACGAGCGUGACCAUGAACCUGCACCCCACGUCUGCGUUGUAUAACUCGGGCGAUCCACCGGAUUAUGUCGUGUAUCAUGAACUCAUUCUCACCAGUAAAGAGUACAUGUCUGUGGCUACUGCUGUUGACGCGCAUUGGCUGGCAGACUUGGGUGGGGUGUUCUAUUCGGUCAAGGAGAAGGGCUACUCUGCUGUCAAGGGUAGGAGAGAGGUGGAGUAUAGCAAGAAGGCUGAGCUGGAGAUUCAGAUUGAGAAGGAUCGGAGGAGAGCGAGAGAGGAGGCCGAUCUUCUGGCGAAAGGAACAGGUGGAGAUGCAGUGGGCGGGAAGAGUGCUGUGGUGAUGGGCGCGAAGAAGAAGCUCAAUGGUGCCAAAGGGGGUUCGGCAGUGGUGAAGCCAAUUAUUGGGAGGAGGCGUUGACGUUACCUCUUCAUCCGAAGGAACUCAUGAUGAAAUAAUGGUUCCAGUGAGGAAGGAGGACUCCAGAACUAGAUCAUGUGAUACGAUCGGCUCGAUUUGGCCAGAUACCAUAGUCUUGGUAAUAAUCAAGUGAAACAUCGUUGGCUCGAAUGGCUUAAUGAUGAAAAAAGCUCUCG